CUUUCAUGGUACGGAUCGUGUACACCGAACAAGCAAUAAUCGUCGCUCGCAUUCGACGCAGUGCAUCAGUCGGGAUUUCGAGAUACUGCAAGCGGAACGUAAAUCAUAAGUCGCAGAGACAGACCGAAAGACUGAUAGUCGGGACCGCGUGUUAUACACGAGAACGCUUUUUUUCCGAAGCGUAACGAAUAAAGAAGCGAAGAUAGAGGUAGAGCGAGAGGGAGAGCGAGAGAGUGUGAGAGUGUGAGUGAGAGAGAGAGAGGGCGAGAGAGAGAGAGAGAGAGAGAGUGAGUGAGAGAGCGAGAGUGUGUGAGGAGAACGAAGCGGCAGCGCGGCAUUGCACCGUAGAGGAAAACGGUUCUUCGACGCGGUCACUGGCGCUGCGAGAAGUCGGCGAAAUCAUUGACAUUGGGGAACGGCCAUUUUGGCGUGUUGUUUCCCACCGAUCGAGUGCUCGAGGCGUGCACACAUACACACGGAAUCGACGUCCAUUCGUUUUCAAGGAAAAGAUAGUAGACAAUACUACAAUAUUUCCAAAAUGAUGACCGAAACGCAUAUGAACUCUAAUCAUAUGUUAAACUCUGGUUUGUCUAACAAAUCAGAGAUAGAUAAAAUGGAUGAUGUUGGUUGGAAAGCGAAAUUAAAGAUUCCACCAAAGGAUAAAAGAAUUAAAACAAGUGAUGUUACCGACACACGUGGUAACGAGUUUGAAGAAUUUUGCCUAAAACGAGAAUUAUUGAUGGGAAUUUUUGAAAAGGGAUGGGAGAAACCAUCACCGAUCCAAGAAGCUAGUAUUCCCAUUGCACUUUCUGGUAAGGACAUCUUGGCACGCGCGAAAAAUGGAACUGGUAAAACUGGAGCAUACUCAAUUCCAGUGCUGGAACAGGUUGACCCAAGGAAAGACGUAAUCCAAGCACUGGUAAUUGUGCCCACAAGAGAAUUAGCGCUACAAACAUCACAGAUUUGUAUUGAGCUCGCAAAGCACAUGGAUAUAAAAGUUAUGGUUACUACUGGAGGAACCAACUUACGAGACGACAUUAUGAGGAUUUAUCAAAAAGUACAAGUGAUAAUCGCAACGCCAGGAAGGAUCCUUGAUCUGAUGGAAAAGAAUGUAGCAAAUAUGGAACAUUGUAAAAUUCUAGUUUUGGACGAAGCAGACAAACUGCUGUCACAAGACUUUAAAGGAAUGUUGGAUCAUGUAAUAUCGAGAUUACCACACGAACGUCAGAUUCUGCUGUAUUCAGCAACGUUUCCUUUAACUGUGAAACAAUUUAUGGAAAAACACUUGAGAGAUCCAUAUGAGAUUAAUUUAAUGGAAGAGUUGACUUUAAAAGGCGUAACACAAUACUACGCUUUUGUACAGGAACGACAAAAAGUUCACUGCCUUAACACGCUAUUCUCCAAGCUGCAAAUAACGCAAAGCAUAAUCUUCUGUAAUUCAACGCAACGUGUCGAAUUAUUGGCUAAGAAAAUAACAGAUCUUGGGUAUUGCUGUUAUUAUAUACACGCGAAAAUGGCGCAGGCACACCGAAAUCGCGUAUUCCAUGAUUUCCGUGCAGGAUUAUGCCGAAAUCUCGUGAGCAGUGAUCUAUUUACUCGUGGUAUUGAUGUUCAAGCUGUGAACGUCGUAAUCAACUUUGACUUUCCGAAGAUGGCAGAGACAUAUCUGCAUCGAAUCGGCCGAUCUGGAAGAUUUGGCCACUUAGGUAUAGCAAUUAACCUAAUCACGUAUGAAGAUCGCUUCAAUCUACACCGUAUCGAACAAGAGCUUGGAACAGAAAUUAAACCUAUCCCAAAGGUGAUAGACCCCAGUUUGUAUGUGGCGAGACCAGAAGACAAUAAUAGUAUGGAAGAGGGUAAUGUGUCCAAGUAGUUUCGAUGCACUGUGGUAAAACGAAGCUUUACACACGCUCAAAGAGUUUAAAGUGUGUGAAAGUGUGUCAAAGAGUGAGUUCACUUGUAAAUAAAGCGUACUAUGUAUGAGUAAUAAUGAGCUGAGUGAUCGAAGUGUCGCGCAAAUGUCGAUGCGAAUCUUUGUACAUAAAUACAUACAUUUAAAUGUACAUAAGCUAAAACAAAUCAGAGUCAAGCCAUUAUCAAGAUGCACAAUAUGUAAACAGAUAUGUGAAUAACGUAAUAAUCAAUCAUUGCAUUUUAUCAUAACUGUAAAUACUACAUGCGAGGACAUAUAAUAUCGUUUUAAUAGAGGAUUUUUAUACAACGGCUUCAUUCUUCCAGUAUUUUUUUUCUUCUGUUCUUUAACGAUGAAGAAAAAGGGCAUAUGAUUUAGAAAAUCUAUCGGGCCAAUCUCACCGAGUACAACAUACCGAUUCACGUGCUCAUUACUUUUG